UAUAUUUCUUUGGUUUUGGAUUCUGGAAGUUUGUCAUAACUUGCCAGCUUUGAUCCAAUCCUUUAUAUAUUCAUUGUAUAAGUUUAUAAUCAAUAUAAUCAAUCAGUAUUAUAAAAAAAAACACUUUCGUAGUUUGUUAUGUUUGCUUGUAAUUUAGAGUUUUGUAUGGAACUAUAGAACUUUUAGAGUUUUUUUUUGUCGAUGGUUAAUUAUGAUAUUACAAACUAUAAUAAAUAUUACAAGAUGAUUCUACCGUCGGUACUUCUAUCCGCUAUAUGAAGAUUCACGCCUGACUGUAUCAUCUUGAGCCGUCUUAUGAGAUCCAUGAUUGACGGUACUACUUGCACCAUGCCGAUCUCCUGUAUUCUUUUCUCCAUAAAUCUGUAUAAUUUGUCUUUGCUGGGAUUCGAAAUCCAGGCAUUUUGGUGUAGAAGCAUUAAUGAACCCUUAUUCAAACAACUAGAUUAAGGGCAUGAUUAACUCUGAUCUCUUAGGCAGAGUUCUUUACUCAUGAUUUGACAUUUUUUUGUUUUUUUAUUUUUUUUUAUACUUUUCGGCUAAGAGACGGGUCUUAUAUCUCUUAUUUAAGAGACAGUUUUUAGUUUUCCUUAGUUAAAAUCUAAAAAAAUAUUAAAAACCGUCUCUUAGUCAAAACUAAGAAUUCCAAUUAAGAGACUGGGGUUAAUGAUGGUUUUAGGGUUUCCACAACUUUUAAGGUUUAUAAUAGCAUAAAUUACCACUUUGAAGAUUUACAAAUCUAUUUUCAAUAUUAUAUCUUUAGCUUAUUUCUUAAAAUACUUUAUGACGUCUAAUAUUAUUCUGGUACAGAAUGUUCAAUAUAUCGAAGCUUUUUGGAUCACGAAGAGAAUAUGCGUACCUUCAGAGUCGCCAUCACAAUUCAGACAAGGCCCUUUGGAAUCAAAACUCACACAUUGUUUCCUCUUCUUCUUCUCUAGAACCAAAAUCGUUACCGUCAUCUGUCUGUAAGAAUGUUGUCUUCCAUGGCGGUUCCGAUUAAUGUGCUUUCUUUAAACCUUCAGAAACCAAACCUUAUUGCUGUCUUGAGGAGCAGAGUUUUGUAUGGUACUGCAGAAAGCUUAUCCUUCACGCGUCUCUUCAAGCCUUCUUCUUACAGGAUUAGAGUAAGAAGCUUUCAGAAAGAAAACAUAGGAAAGAAUGAGUCUGAAGAUGAAAUGCUUAAGAGCGAAAGCACAAGAGUUUCUGAAAAGAAGAGAGUCUCACUCAUAGCAAAGUUAGGUAUUGGGUUAGGAUUGGCUCUGACUAUUACAGUAAUAUGUGUAACCUUGAAAGGCUCUGCUAGUGGUGGUACACCUUUUGACGUUAAGAGUCUAUCCAAAGCUUCAUCAUCUUCAAUUGGUUUUACGUUCAAUGCAUUUGGAAACAGAUUCGUAAUUCCCGCAAACGCACCCGGAUGGGUUUACUUUUGCUUGCUAAUGGCGGCUGGAUUCGGGCUUUUUAUCAGCGAAGAGGCGCUAAAUAUUUGGGUUGGGAUAACAUUGGCUAGAAUGUUAACUCUGGAUGGGACGUGGCAAUCUUUUGCUGAGUCUUUCUCUCGGAAUGCUCCUUAUAUAAUGUCUACUGUAUCUUGGGUUUACUGGGGAGUUUGUAUAAGCGAUAUGAUACCGUUUUACCUAGGGAAGCUCUUCAGACAAAGUGGAGCAUCAGAUGAUGUUUGUUCAAAGCUGGGUAUAGGUAAAGAGAAAGCGAUGGGCAUUACCCAGGCCGUCCAAAAAUAUGGAAACCUCUCAGGUUUUGUGGAAAGAUUUUCGCUGGGAGUGAGGAAUCCUACAGCAUUCUUUGCCGGAGCACUAGGAAUAUCUCCAGAAUGUUUCUUUGCAGGAGUUUGCUGCGGUGGUUUGAUAACUCUUCCAAUUCAGUUUGUGAUUGGGUUUCUUCUACGGGAACGCCCCAUGUUUGCUGUCGCAACAGUCGCAACUGUAGUGGGAAUAUGGACAAUCUUCCCGUAUAUGGUGGCUGCAGCCACGGCUUUGUACCUCUAUAUUCGCAGUCGCUACACACCUAAGACUUAGCUGUCCACAUUACUUAAGUAUAAUACAUAGACAGAAAGAUACAAGAGCUCAAUACUCAGCAAGCCCAAACAAAUAAGGUGGUAUAUACGUAUAGUGUAGUAAUAUCUUUAAAAGAGUUUCACUUGAAACUAAUUUGUUCCUAGAACAAACUGUUCUCUUAUUUUUUUUUACAAAUAUGAAUAUUAUACAACUUGUUUGUGGAAUAUGCACGUUUAUAAAGAAUCGUAUAUGCUUUAUUUA